AUGCUUUCGAGAUUAUCUUUAUUGAGAAACUCGAGGGCGCUCCAUCAUGCUAAAUGGCGUACUUACCGCUUCAAAGCUUCGCCAACUCUACAUGUUUCAGAGUACCAUAUUCUUUCUGGUAAAAAACUUGCUCAGUCUAUUCGCGAAAAGGCUAAUAACGAGAUACAAGCCAUUAAACUCAAGCAUCCCAAUUUCAAGCCCACAUUGAAAAUUAUUCAAGUUGGGGGCAGACCUGACUCUUCCACGUAUGUAAGGAUGAAAUUGAAGGCUUCGAAGGACGGUGGUGUAGACUGCGUCAUAGAAAAGUUACCAACAGAUAUCACUGAGCUUGAGCUUCUGAAAAAAAUCAGCGACAUCAACGACGAUGAGUCUAUUCAUGGGUUGUUGAUCCAACUGCCAUUGCCUGGUCAUUUGGAUGAAACCACGAUUACGAAUGCUAUCGACUUCAAAAAAGACGUUGACGGAUUUCAUAGAUAUAACGCUGGCGAAUUGGCUAAAAAGGAUGGUAAACCGUACUUCGUACCAUGUACUCCCCAUGGUUGUAUGAAGUUACUUGACGAAGCUCAUGUCAAGAUAGAUGGUAAGAACGCUGUUGUGCUGGGCAGAUCUAGUAUCGUCGGAAAUCCAGUCGCUUCAAUGUUGAAAAAUGCCAACGCAACUGUCACCAUUUGCCACAGUCAUACAAAGAACAUUGCGGAAGUGGUUUCCCAAGCUGACAUAGUUAUCGCAGCUUGCGGGAUGCCUCAUUAUGUUAAAGGCGACUGGAUCAAAGAAGGUGCCGUUGUUAUCGAUGUUGGUAUCAACUAUAUUCCUGAUAACAGUAAGAAAAGCGGCCAAAGAUUAGUUGGUGAUGUUGAAUUCGAUUCUGUAAAGGAAAAGGCAUCUUAUAUCACCCCUGUUCCUGGUGGAGUAGGGCCAAUGACUGUCGCUAUGCUUGUUUCUAAUGUACUACUUGCUGCUAAAAGGCAAUAUGCGGAGUCUGAAAAGCUUCCAGCGAUCAAACCUCUUCCUCUACACUUAGAAAAACCAGUUCCUUCGGAUAUUGAUAUAUCAAGAGCUCAGAGUCCUAAACAUAUCACGCAAGUGGCUGAAGAACUGGGGAUUCGCUCCGAGGAAUUGGAAUUGUACGGUCAUUAUAAGGCAAAGAUUUCCCCAAGUAUUCUCAAAAGAUUACAAUCUCGUGAAAAUGGUAAAUAUGUUCUUGUUGCGGGCAUCACGCCAACCCCGUUGGGUGAAGGUAAAUCCACUACAACCAUGGGAUUGGUGCAAGCUUUAUCCGCUCAUUUAGGCAAGCCUUCCAUUGCGAACGUUAGACAACCAUCUCUGGGCCCUACCUUGGGUGUAAAAGGCGGUGCUGCGGGUGGUGGUUAUGCUCAAGUUAUUCCUAUGGACGAGUUCAACCUACAUCUAACCGGUGAUAUCCACGCUAUUGGGGCUGCCAACAACCUGCUUGCAGCUGCUAUUGACACCAGAAUGUUCCAUGAGUCCACUCAAAAGAAUGACAGUACAUUUUAUACAAGAUUAGUUCCAAGAAAAAAUGGCAAGAGGAAGUUUACCCCAUCUAUGCAAAGAAGGCUCAGAAGAUUAGGUAUCGACAAAGAAGACCCUGACGCUUUGACACCUGAGGAAAUCAAAAAAUUUGCUAGAAUAAACAUAAAUCCUGACACUAUUACAAUCAGACGGGUUGUCGAUAUUAAUGAUAGAAUGUUAAGACAAAUUACUAUUGGAGAGGCCCCUACGGAAAAAGGGUUUACAAGGACUACUGGAUUCGAUAUUACUGUUGCCUCUGAAUUAAUGGCUAUCCUAGCUUUAUCCAAAAGCUUGUACGAGAUGAGGGAACGUAUUGGACGAAUGGUUGUUGGCGCCAAUUAUAAUAAUGAGCCCGUGACAGUAGAAGAUAUUGGCUGUACUGGUGCUCUGACCGCAUUAUUACGUGAUGCUAUAAAACCUAAUCUAAUGCAAACUUUAGAAGGUACUCCCGUAAUGGUUCAUGCUGGUCCUUUCGCCAAUAUAUCCAUCGGUGCAUCAUCAGUCAUUGCAGACAUGAUGGCAUUGAAGCUUGUAGGUUCAGUCAAGAAUCCAUUAAACAACAAGGACUCCCAUGAGCCCGGUUACGUCGUUACUGAAGCAGGAUUUGAUUUUGCCAUGGGUGGUGAAAGAUUCUUUGAUAUCAAAUGUCGUUCCUCUGGGUUGGUACCAGAUGCAGUCGUUCUAGUUGCAACGGUAAGAGCCAUAAAGUCUCAUGGCGGCGCUCCAAAUGUUAAACCAGGACAACCAUUACCAAAAGAAUACACAGAAGAAAACGUUGACUUUGUUGCCAAGGGAGUUAGUAACCUAGUCAAACAAAUUGAAAACGUCAAAACUUUUGGAAUUCCAGUCGUUGUGGCGAUCAAUAGAUUCGAAACAGAUUCACAAGCGGAGAUUGAAGUGAUCAAAAAGGCAGCAUUGAAUGCGGGAGCAUCCUAUGCAGUUACUUCUAAUCACUGGAUGGAAGGUGGUAAAGGGGCACUAGACUUGGCAAACGCUGUAGUCGACGCUACGACGGAACCGAAAGAUUUUAGGUUUUUAUAUGACGUUAACAACUCAAUUGAGGACAAGCUUACCAGUGUCGUCCAAAAAAUGUAUGGCGGGGCAAAGAUCGAAGUUUCACCAGAAGCUCAAAAAAAGAUUGACACUUAUAAGAAACAAGGAUUUGGUAAUCUUCCCGUCUGUAUUGCUAAGACACAGUAUUCUUUAUCUCAUGACCAAUCAUUGAAAGGUGUACCUACUGGCUUCACGUUCCCAAUUAGAGAUGUGAGAGCUUCAAUCGGUGCAGGUUACUUAUACGCUCUAGCAUCCGAAAUACAAACUAUACCAGGUUUAUCAACAUAUGCCGGUUACAUGGCAGUGGAAGUUGACGAUGAGGGUGAGAUUGAAGGUCUAUUUUAG